CGUGAAGAUUGUGGAGCUUUUAGAAGUUUACAUGUUCACAAAUCAUAAAAUAUGAUGUCUUAAAUUUGGAAACAUAGAGUUAAGAUUUGCUUUGUAAAUGAAUAUGCAUGGUAUUCUUUCCUGUUCUUUUUUUUUUUUUUACAUAAUUCUUUCCUGUUCUUGUUCUGCAGCAUCUCGUUCUACAGUUCGUAACCAGACUCCAGUAUUGGCAUGUAAGAAUUUAUGGAUCGGCCAGUGCUUAUAUGCGCUCACAGUAGGUGAAGACCUGGGGGGGGGCACAUGCCCCCAUCUCUUUUUCUAUUUUUCUUUCUUAAUUACUAAUUUUGCAAUGCUCCUCUCAUUCUUUUUUUUUUGCGUUCAACUAGCUCCUCUAAUUCUGCAACUAAAUAUGAUGAAAUAAAAUUAUGUGCUCCGUCUAAAAUAAAUGGUCUCUUCAGAGGCGGAUCCAAAAUUCUUUUUAACAUUCAGUUCAAAAAAAAAAAAAUUCUUUUUAACAUGGAUCAAAAAACGUUAAUGGUAAAAAAAAGAAGUAAAAAUGGGUAUCAGGUGAAGUUGAACCAUGAUUAAUGGGUGUCAGCUUUGUAGAUUAUACCAAUAGAGCUAUCGACUCUUUAACAGUUUCUUUGAAACAAAUCAAACUUUUAUUAUUUAAGAGGUGUCAGUUGGUUUAUUAACUAUCUAAGAGGUGUCAGUUGACCCACCAUGUACCUCUGGGCCUCCUUGGCGUGCCACUGUAUGCUCAUUGAGGUGCACAACAUCUACAAGUAAAAGUGGGAAUGUUGUUUAUUUGAUAAAAGAGAAUCCUUUUCGAAUCGGUCCAAAACGUCACUCAACAUGAUAUAAGAUGUAAAACAUUCUACAAAAUGUUGUAUAUCAUUUAUGGGGUAGGGGUUAUUCGUGUGUGUUGUGUUACAUAUUCGUAUUGAUGGGACAGCAAGAUCACUACAAAUAUACGAGAUAAUCCAAUAAGCCUCAAGUUAAAAGCCAAUAUAAGCCCAUUUCCUUUCUAAACCCGGAUCCACAUGCCCGCCCAGAGAAUCUUCUCCCUACUCUGACGUACCGUACUAGUUGAAAGGGGAAAGGAUCAUAAAGAGAGGGGGGAGUCAUGGGAGAUGUUAACGUAGACGACGACGCAAUUCUAAAAUCAUUCCUCGCCGAGGUCGGUGAAGUCGAGAGGGACAAAAAAGUCGUCAGGUUCCUUUUCCUAUGCCUCACUCUAGCUCCCUGAUCUGACCCUUGUCUAAGCGUUAUUAUUUUAUUCAUAGUGCGUUAGGAUUUCUAAUGUUCUAAGAUAUUAGCUUAAUAAAUAUCUUAAGACCACGACCGUUACUUACUUAGGAACUGUCUGAACGAUCAAGAAAGAGAUUAUAUUCUCACCCAAGUCCAUGCUGCUAAAGGUUAAGAUUAGAUGAGGUUUUAUAGUCUUCUUGGAUCCAUGUUUUUACCUGUUUGUUGGGUUACUAGAGUUCUUAAAAACCCAACAUUGUGGAGACGCAUGUGUACACAUAGUGUUACAUCAUUUGAACGUUAUACCAGAAUCUGUAAUUUUCUUUCUGUCUCGUGACAGCCUUCUUUUCUUGAACUGUGAAACGCAGAAGAGCUUAAGAUGAAGAGGAAAAAAACAGUUAAAGAAAGAUACCGCCUCAAAAAUAAAGUCCCGGGUCGAUGAGGGAAAGGAUGAGCAAAUAUAUGAGCAAUCUGAAGAGUUUCAGAAGGAGCUUAAGUUAAAGGUCCGAGAGAUACUAACAGACCAAGAGUGGCGUAGGAGAAAAAUGGCCAUGAGGAUAUCAGAAGAAGAGAGAAGACUGAAGAAGGAUGAAGAAGAACAAAAGGAGAUAUGGAAGAAAAAGCGUGAGCAUGAAGCACAGUGGGAAGGAACUAGAGAAAAAAGGGUAUCAAGCUGGAGAGACUUCAUGAAAGCAGGAAAGAAGGCCAAAAAGGGAGAGACACGUCCUCCAAAAUUGAAGACAGAUGAUCCAAACAAAGGCCGGUCAAGAAAGGCUGAUCUCUUUGACUCUUUUUUUGCUGAUCUCACACUUGUUCCGAGUACAUCACAACUUUUUCUUCUUUAUCAGAAACAUGGAAGAGUUAUAUAAAUUUAUCUCAGUUCUCAAACGCUUAUUUACCUUUUAACUUUUGUAUUGAAACAUGGAAGAGUUAUUAAUUGCUCACU